UAAAUAAUUCAGAAAGAUUUACUCUGAGGCAUAUUAAGUGAUUUAUUGUAUUGAAUUAAAAAUCAAGACAUCACGAGUUACAAAGACCUCAUGUGCUCUUAUACAUAGGUUAUGUUCUAACAUCCCAAAGCUUAUAAAUGGUGACAUCAACGAAUCUAUAGGCUGUUAUACAAUAAAAGAUAAACCAGUGAUAAGCUUCCAAUUGUCUACUGCCAAUUUUCACUGACCAGCCUUUUCAAGUUGUCAAGAUGUAUUUUCCAACUCUUUUCUUCAUUUCACUGACAAUACAAUGUUGCUAUUGGAGUCUUACAUUGGCUACAUUGAACAGAGGAAUGAGAAAGACUUUACAUGGAGUUGCUCUUGCUAAAGCUGAUUGUGAAAUCCACUGUGGAGAUCUACUGAAAGAUUGCCAAAAAAUGGCCACCAAUACUCACACUCGGCAUCUCUGCUCUGACUAUAACCACCACUGCCAUCAAUACUGCAAAGAUAUCAGUUAUAACAUAACACAGCAGGCCAUCACUGAUGCUUCCUCUGUCCUACCUAGCAAUUUGCUUCAGUGUUACACCACAUGUGGCGAAGGAUUGACUCAAUGUAGUAAACUGGCCCCAGACUCACAUGAACACAACAAAUGCUCUAAAAAUUACUAUCAAUGCAUUGAUGGUUGUCAUGGAUUUAAUUAUACAACACAAUUUACAACCUCCAAUGCUUCAUCCAAUUUUGCCAUUUCUCAUGUGCUUGCUGUUUUGGAUUGUGAACACCAAUGUGUAAAAGAAUUCCUAAAGUGUGGAGGGCAUGCCAACAGCUCACAUGACCACACCCUUUGCACUCACACAUACUCUCAUUGUGAACAUGCAUGUAUGAAAGUCAACACUACGCAACAUGCCCUUACAGACCCAUCCCUUGGCCACAUUUUUGUUAUUGUGGAAUGUGAUGACAAUUGCUUGAAACAUCUUUUAAAUUGUGGAAAAUCUUCUUCUCACAGUUUUGUUGUUCACCAGUGUAACCAAAGGUAUCAUCAAUGUAUGCAUGACUGUGGUAAUUUAAACAUUUCACACCAUUUGGUCAGUCCUUCCCCGAGUACACCACAGAAGCCCAUGAUUACAGCAGCCCCUAUAACUGGCAUAACCCAAGCAAAGACUUCAAUAUCAGCAACCACCAAAACAACAGAUACUAUAACACAACAACCAACAGUCAAAACAACAAAACUGAUGUGGGUGACUCUGCCAACAAAUCCUCAUGGAAAGUGACCAGAGGGUAUGCAUUCUGAACAGAAGAUGGAAACAAUCCAGACAAUUUGUAUCCAACUUUUCCAUAUACAAAAUAAAGCCUGAUGGUUACUAAACUUUAGCAAAUUUUUCCCCCUAUGUUCUCCGUUAAAUGCAUACUGUGUACAACAUUAAUCUGGUAUAAGUUUUACUAUUGGUAUAUGGUUUUAUGAUGAAACCCAUGAAAGAUUUAUAUUGACCCAGUAUUUAUUCUCAUUUCCAUCCCAAGAAUAUCAAAUAACUGCAACUGUUACAGUCUGUGAUGAGAUAUGUCCUUCCAGAUUGAUAGUUAAAACUGGAAAACUUUAUAUGGAGGAGUCAGUUUAAUCAAAUGUAUUCUGACUCUUUCAUCUACAUGACAUACUGAUCAGUAAUGCUACAUUUUGUACACUAUUUACCAAAUACAUACAUGUACACGAUAUAAGGAAAGAUGCUAAUGAAUGAAAUCAAAGAAAAGCUGUUUUGGUUUUUCCUACUGUUCACUGUGGUUGCAAUCAUUGAAAAAGAAAAUUAUAAACCCUGCAUCUUCAUAAUUGUAAACCGGCUAUUAUUCAUAGCAUAGUAGAAUAAUAACUGUCUUAAAUUUGUCAGUUACUAUAAAUGGUAGCAAGCUACACUGUAGAUUAAAGAACGGGAUAUAAUCGGCAAACUUGUUCCUGGUAUACAGACAAGGCCAAGGGCCAAGAACAAGUUAUAAUCUACAGAGAUACAACAGGAACAUAUGUACUAACACUACAUCAAAAGUCUAUACACCAUUUCUAAUUACCUGCUGCCUGAUGCAAAAUAUUCCAAUGUCUUUACAAUAACUUAUCAUUAUGUCAAAGAAGUUAAGGAAAGUUUGCAAUUACUGAACAUUUGAAAGAUAAAGAUCAAUGUUGAUAAAGGGGCAUAGUUCUAUGAAUUUGAAGUAAACCAGGACUCCAGCAGAUCUGGUGAACAGUCACCAAGAUAAGAUGAUAAGAUGUUAAUGCACACUUUGACCUUAGUUUUGGAGGACUGGUAUUUCAGGAAGUGGAUAUCUUGUGUCUAGAACAGGUGCUGUGAAACACACUCUUGCUAAAAUGAAGUCCAUCAUUGCCCUUGUAAUCCUGACAGUUAUCAACAGAGCUCUGGGGGCAACAUUUAGCCUACAGCUCUGCCACUCCCACUGUAACAUAGGGGAGGUGGACUGCAUCCUUCGAUGCCCACACAUAUUCUGUGAGCAAGAAUGCACCAGGGCAGAAGAACAGUGUAUCCGCCUGUGUGAUGGCACCUAUACCACUACACUCACCCAAGGCUGGACUACACAACCACAUAGUCAUACCAAGAGUACCACUGAUGCACCCACCACUAAAGAGACUCUUGCGCCUACCACUUCCACCCCUCAAUCAGUGACAACACAGAUGUUAACACCAUCAGGUGAUUUGAAACCAACACCCAAACCUCAUCAUCCUCCAACCACAACUCUGACCACCCAAGAAACGCCCGAAAUUUAUGAAACAACCAUAGAACAAGACAAAAGUGGUGUUGUAAUUAUUGGCUAAUAAAUGAACCUUUAAUUUGU